AUGGCGGACAAUCGAAAAAGAAGGACCUUGUUCGACUUCUUUCUUCUCUCCACAACUCUUGUUAGUUUCUGUUUGGUUCCGGCGUCGGCACAACAUCGUCGGAAACUCAAGUUCGGUGUGAACGGCGAGUUUAAGAUACUGCAAGUCGCUGAUAUGCACUUCGGAAACGGCGCGACUACACGGUGUCUCGAUGUACUUCCUAGCCAAAAAGCUCAUUGCUCUGACCUCAACACCACCGCCUUCAUGUCACGAGUCAUCGCCGCCGAGAAACCUGACCUCAUCGUCUUCACCGGUGAUAAUAUAUUUGGGUUUGAUGUUAAAGACGCUGUGAAAUCAAUGAACGCUGCUUUUGCUCCGGCGAUUGCGUCUAGAAUCCCUUGGGUUGCUGUUUUAGGAAACCAUGAUCAAGAAUCUACAUUAACAAGACAAGAACUCAUGAAUCACAUUGUCAAGCUUCCCAAUACUUUGUCUCAAGUGAAUCCUCCUGAGGCUGCUCAUUACAUUGAUGGGUUUGGUAAUUACAAUCUCCAAAUCCAUGGAGCUUCUGAAUCGAUUCUGCAGAACAAAUCUGUUCUCAAUCUCUAUUUUCUUGAUAGUGGAGAUUACUCUAGUGUUCCUUACAUGGAAGGUUAUGAUUGGGUCAAAACUUCUCAGCAAUUCUGGUUCGACCGCACUUCAAAACGUCUCCAGAGGGAGUACAACGCGAAGCCUAAUCCUCAACAAGGUAUAGCUCCAGGACUAGCUUACUUCCACAUUCCAUUACCGGAGUUUUCCAGUUUUAAUUCGAAGAACGCUACAAAAGGAGUGAGGCAAGAAGGUACAUCCUCGGCUUCGACAAACUCGGGUUUCUUCACGACAUUGGUAAAUAGAGGAGAUGUGAAAUCUGUGUUUGUGGGUCACGACCAUGUCAACGACUUUUGCGGUAAACUCAAAGGUUUAAACUUAUGCUAUGGUGGUGGAUUCGGGUACCACGCGUAUGGUAAAGCCGGAUGGGCGAGGAGAGCUAGAGUUGUGGUUGCUGAUUUGAAUAAGAAGAGAAAAGGAAACUGGGGAGAUGUGAAAUCGAUUAGGACAUGGAAGAGGCUUGAUGAUCAGUAUCUCUCUGUUAUUGAUGCUCAGGUUCUUUGGACGAAUUCUGUAAACGGAUCAGUUGUUCGUCGUUUAUGA